AUGUAUGUUACCGCAGCGGUAGCUCUGAAAGAACAACAGUCCUUAACAUGUUCAGAUUUGGAACGAACUUCCGACCCGAUACGAGUAAGAUGGGGUCAGUCAAAAGGUCUGGGUGGGAUGCAGGCCAACGGAUCAGAUUCAAUAAGAAAGUUGGAAGAACUCUAUGAGGAAACUGGUUCCGGUAGUCAACUAAUGAAGGAUUCCAAAAUAGUGAAUCCCAUUUUUUCCUUGUCAUUGUCACUGGCUGAUUUUCGCCCGCUAAAAGCACCUUUUGUACCCGAUCUGAUAAGAUAUUUAGUCAAUCUGAUUGAGUUCUAUUGCUACAAGACAGAUUGGCGUAAAAUGUACGACCCAUUAACUGAACAACAGACGGAAGCUAGAAACUGCUUAGUUCAGAUACUGGAAAUUGGGAAUAAUCGUGCAAAAGAAUUGCGACGUACAUUGCGCACUUUGAAUGGUCCCAUCAGAAUUGCCAUGCUACGUAUAUUUCUGAACGCAUUUUCAAUCAAACCGCUGCAUUUCUCCACGGCACUUGUCCAGGAGCUAGUACAACGACCAUUAUAUGAUCACUUUUUACGUCCUAACCCUAAGUUGCGCAACCUCGUGCAGCGUGCCGCAAUCCCCCAGUCCCGAACGCAACUGGACACGCUGGCUUUUCUCAUGUCUCACAUGCUACACGCGUUAGACUACAAUCCGGAUACUGUAGAUGGUAAAAUGAGAUUAUGCAAUGUUUACGGACCAUUGCUCAUCAGUUUUGCCGAACGUCCUCAGUUGUGUCGUCUGACUCAGGGGAAUGCGCGAUCCGAAGAAGCUGCCUUGUUAGACGUGAUUCUCGAGGUUUGCGAUCUGCACUUUUGGAAUCACAUGAGCAUGUUAAAAAUUUCGGGUGCAUUUGCGUACAAAAGAGUACCAAGAACGGUUCUGACUGGUGUGAGCGAUGUUGAAGGGACCACACCGAAGUGGGAGGAGAGUGACGCUAGAGUGCAAAAGUCCAGGAUCGUCGAUUCGAGCAAGGAACCGUAUGCAGAAAUAGUGUCCGCCUCGAUGACAAAUGAGAUUCUCCGAGCUGUUCAGUUGAUGGGACCAAUGAAGGGGGGUAAUCAGACGGAUGAAACAGAAUUAUUGUCUGCUCUGGAUCCAGAAAGCAGAAUACCGUUACCAAAAAGAUAUUGCGCAUUGAGUCCGUUAAAUAUUAUAACCGGUGGCCGUUACCGAAUGUUAUCUACAGUGAGAAACUUGACUACCAUUCCGCUGUACAAAGAUGACUCAAUCCCAUCGACGCAUUAUGCUCAUCGAGAGUCAACGUUAACUGGAAAAUAUUUAUCCAUAUUCGAGACCAAACCUCCUGGUCAGGUCCACUCUUACAGUACAAAACGUCUGUUAGAAGAAUCACGUUUAUAUCGUAUGGGCAGAAUCUCUUUUCCAAAUCGCACUGUCAGCCUAAAACCCCGGAACCCAAACCAGUUGACCACAUCAACCGUGCAACCAUUAAGCGAGCACACGAUCGCAUUCUGUCGUGCGGAUUCAGACGAACCACUAGCAUCCCGAAUGGAGUGGGGUGAUUAA